AUGGAUAAAUUUCUACUGCACCACUUUUUUUCUUUUGCCGAGACGAGAUUACCAAACAGGAUCAAAGAUAACAUCCAGUCGCUAAAACAAUUAAGCGAUCUACGAUAUCCCAGUGAAUGGUUCCCGGAAGCAAGACAGAUGCAAAGGUCAAUUUUCCUUCAUGUCGGACCAACUAACAGUGGAAAAACAUACAAUGCAUUGAAGAGACUCGCAGAAGCAGAGUCUGGUAUCUACUGCGGUCCGCUUCGCUUGCUGGCACAUGAAAUUUACAACAAAAUGAACGCACAAGGCAUAGGAUGCAAUCUUAUCACUGGCGAAGAAAAGCGAGAGGUGUCUCCCGAUGCAACACUAACUAGUUCAACCAUUGAAAUGGCCAACUUGGGACGGCCGCUGGAGGUUGCAGUGAUUGAUGAAAUUCAGAUGAUUGCGGAUCCACUGCGUGGUUGGGCUUGGACACAGGCAUUGUUGGGCUUAAAAGCGAAGGAGAUCCAUCUGUGUGGCGAAGCUGCUGCUGUACCAUUGGUCCAGGAGAUAUGCAAGACCCUCAAUGAAAAGGUCACUGUUCACGAAUACAAUCGUCUCACACCUGUCAAAGUCUUGGAUAAAUCCUUAUCCGACUGGAGCCAGGUGCGCAAAGGCGACUGUGUGGUGUCAUUUGCGCGCAACUACAUCUUUGAAGUCAAGGAAAAGAUUGAGAAAACCACAGGUCUAAAAUGUGCUGUUGUUUACGGCGGAUUACCUCCUGAAACUCGCGCUAUGCAAGCGCAAUCGUUCAACGACCCGAACAAUGAUAUAGACGUCCUUGUUGCAUCUGAUGCAGUUGGCAUGGGCUUAAACCUGAACAUCAAGCGCGUUGUCUUUUCAACAGUCAAAAAGUUUGAUGGCGAAGAGCUUCGCUAUAUCAGUACUCCACAACUCAAGCAAAUUGGCGGCAGAGCAGGCCGAUUUGGUACAACUUACGCAUCUGGAGAAGUAACAACUAUGAUUUCUGGAGACCUUGAAUAUGUUCAAGAAGCGAUGUCUGCGCCAAUCACUUAUCUUAAGCGAGCAGGUUUACACCCAACAGUCGACAUUUUCGAGCUCUUUGCGUUACAAAUGCCUAAAGAGAAGUUCUCUUCACUGUUGGAAAAAUUUGAAGAUUUUGCAUCGCUCCAGGGCACAUACUUUUUGUGCAAUUUUAAAGAUCAAAAGCAAAUUGCAGAGAUAAUUGAACAUGUUCCUCUCGACUUACGAGACAGAUACCAGUUUGUUAAUGCUCCUGUCAACUUGAGAAAUCCCAGCGUUGUCAAGGCUUUUAUAAAGAUGACGGAAAUGUACAGCAAUAUGGAACCUUGCGAUUUGAACGACAUGGCAACUCUUCCACGGAACCCUGUAAAAAGUCCUGAAGAGCUUAAACUGCUAGAAGGCUCCCACAAAAUCAUCAUGCUUUAUAUGUGGCUCAGGUAA